CUUUCUUUUUUUUUUUUUUUUUUUACUGACAACUGUAGUCAGAAGAAUUUUCAUUAGUCAGCGUGGCUGUAAAGGUGGACUUGGAGAUGAAAACCUGCUGCUGGAACUGUGCGGCGUGUUUUAUUCUCUCCAUCAUCUCUUUGUGUGGAUCUAGUCAUUGCAACUCUUAAGGCUUGGCUACAAGAGUGUUUUUUUGUUUUUGUUUGUUUUUCUUUUAGAGAAAACUGCAGGACUACGACAGUUUUCCUUCAUCUUCACAUUAAACCGGACGAUCGAAUGAAUCAAAAAGAACACAAUUUUUGUUUUUCACAUUUGGUUGGACUUCAAGCCUCUAAAUCAGUGAUUGCAGUUUUGCUUGACCCCUGCUCAGAGGAAAAAGCAACAAUGUAGUCCAGGGGUUUGGACUUUUUGGGACAGGAUUUCCACCUGAUCAGUGAUCCGUCACUCUUUGUGAGCAAAAACCGUGGAGGGAUUACUGACGGUCUAGCGGCGUUCGCCUCGAUUUGCAGCAUCUUUCAGACUCAAUUAGUACACGCUCUUGGGAGGGUCCUCGCACUCUCUGCCUUAGGAGAGUUUUUUCUGUUUUUAUUCAGAGGAGAAUUUAAUCAAAGAAGACCUUAAUUCAGCCAGAAGCCAGGAUGCAGGUGUCAUUAGUGUGCACUGAUCACCGUGGGGGGGUGAGCCGCAACACAGAGGACCGGCUGAACCGUCAGAAUGCCAACAGCCCCAGCACAGGAACCCGCAGCAAGUUCAGAGCAGUGGCGAUGGUGGCUCGCAGUCUUGGGCAACUCUCAGUUCAGAGUGUGCCCUCCUCCAGCGAGCAAAGUGUGAAGACUGGCAUGAAGUAUAGAAACCUUGGAAAGUCUGGCCUGCGGGUGUCCUGCCUUGGAUUAGGAACAUGGGUGACAUUCGGUGGACAGAUAACAGAUGAGAUGGCAGAGCAGCUGAUGACUCUGGCCUAUGAAAAUGGCAUCAAUCUGUUUGACACAGCGGAGGUCUACGCUGCUGGGAAGGCGGAGGUGGUUCUCGGGAACAUCAUAAAGAAGAAAGGAUGGAGACGCUCCAGUCUGGUGAUAACAACGAAGAUCUUCUGGGGCGGAAAAGCAGAGACUGAAAGAGGUUUAUCUCGAAAACACAUUAUAGAAGGUUUAAAAGCUUCUUUAGAAAGACUGCAGCUAGACUACGUGGAUGUGGUUUUCGCCAACAGACCCGACCCCAACACACCUAUGGAAGAAACUGUAAGAGCAAUGACCCAUGUGAUAAACCAAGGCAUGGCCAUGUACUGGGGAACAUCCCGCUGGAGCCCAAUGGAAAUAAUGGAGGCGUACUCUGUGGCGCGGCAGUUUAACCAGAUUCCUCCUAUAUGCGAGCAGGCAGAGUACCACAUGUUCCAGAGGGAGAAAGUGGAGGUGCAGCUGCCUGAGCUUUUCCAUAAGAUAGGUGUGGGCGCCAUGACAUGGUCUCCGCUGGCCUGUGGGAUCAUCUCAGGGAAAUACGACGGCAGGGUGCCUCCGUACUCUCGGGCGUCUCUGAAGGGCUACCAGUGGUUGAAGGACAAGAUCUUGAGCGAGGAGGGCCGGCGUCAGCAGGCGAAGUUGAAAGAGCUGCAGGCAAUCGCGGAGCGGCUGGGCUGCACACUGCCCCAACUCGCAAUCGCGUGGUGCCUACGGAACGAGGGGGUGAGCUCUGUCCUUUUAGGGGCCUCCAACACCGACCAGCUGAUGGAGAACAUAGGAGCGAUCCAGGUUCUUCCAAAGUUGUCGUCGUCCAUCACCCACGAGGUGGACAGCAUCCUGGGGAACAAGCCGUACAGUAAAAAGGACUACCGCUCCUAACGGGCCCGACGGCCCCGCCCGGCAGGGCUGCACCCGGCCUGCAGCCGCAGCGCCCCACCUUUGCCUGAUCCUCUGUUUGCUUGAGCUUUUACUGAGUGAGACCCUGGCGCAUGAGUCUGGCCUCGCCAAGGCCACGCAGGGCACCUCAUUUAGAGUUACAGAGAUGAGAAAAAGUGGGAAAAAAUCGAGUCACCUUUACGGGACGGGACGGGAUUAACAGAGAAAAACAGAACAGUAAGAGAGGUUAGGGAUAUGCGCUCAUAAGUAAAUCAGUUAUACAUCCUAAUCAGCUGAACGUACUUUAAAAUCAUAGAGAAAAUUAAGGGAAAACAUCUUUUUUUUUUUUUUUUUUUUUAAAGUAAAUAAGCACAUUCUUGCUUGGCAGCCAGAUUUUUUUUUUUUUUUAUCUUUUUCUAAAACUGAAUGCAACUAAAAAAUAUAAAUAUAGUUGAUACUGUAUGAAUAUACGGGAAUUGCUGUUGCACAUGUACCAUAGCCAUGCAUUUGUUCCUGAGACGUUCUGUUUACAAACACGUGUGUACUGUAAAAGUCCGUCAAAGUUUCACUGUAGGAACGUUCGUGUUGUCAACGUCAGCAGCCCUCUUGAGGGCUUCAACAAUCAGCACUUUAGUACUGUCAGUAACGCUGUUGGGGGGGUCGAUUUAAAGAAGAGAGAGCAUGGGUAUUAGCAGUCUUAUGUCACAAUCAUUGCACUAUAGAUUCACGUCGCCUCUCCUCCUCCUCCGUUUUCCCACUGACAGUACGCUCGUUCAACCUGACGCAUCGAAGCUCCUGCUCUCUAACAGGAGCUGCAUCACUGUGUCCCUGCCCCCCCUUUCGUACCCCCCCGGCCCCCCAAAGACCCGCCCCUGUCUUAUAGGCUGCACAGGGAGCGAUCACGUCUCACCAAAACCCGUCUUUGGUCAAGUUCUGUUCAAGUAUUUGCCUUAUUUCCAGUUGCAUUGUACUGUGCUUCGGACUUCAGCGUAGGUAGGCGGCCCUCCACCCCCACCCCCCACCGACUGUGUCCCCAGCUAAGGCUCGACUGGUGGGAGUGGGAGGAAGGAGGCACGUGUCCAGUUAAUCAGUGGGCGGCAGCAGCUCAGGGAACGAAGAAGGUGGUUUCAUGUGUGCGUUGGUGUGCGUUUGGGAGGUUGUAACAAAUAAUCUUUAGUGUUUAUUUCAUUGUUUUUUGUUUUUUUUUGGUUUUCUUUUUAGCAUGGCUCGAGCCAAAGAUCUUCUUCAUCUCUUUUUAGCUGACACACUUUCACUUCCUGCAAGGUUUUUGAGUCAUCUUUAAGCAUGUGCUGUCCGGCUUGGUAUACCUAUUUAUGGGAUGGACUCUACUUCAUAUUUAUCUUUACCUGACCAAACUCUUAAAGUGGUUAUCAAUACGCCCUUCAUAUGCAGAAUGCGUUAAGUAGUGCGGCUCGGUGCUUUCGGGUCGGUGCGGUUCGGUUCGGUUAAAGCAGCAGACGACCCGAUCACACAGACUCAGUGCAGAUGUCAUCGCUGUUUGUCCUUUGGGUGCUCUCUUACCGCGACUGAAGCACAAGCAGAUCGCAUGUGACAUUUCUGCCCACGGGAGGAACAAGAUGACGCUUCUCAGCUUAGAAAAUCAUGUACAUAAAUCUUUGCAGCUCAUAAACUGUUAACAGAAAAAUACAAAAAAAUAAAACGACCAACAGUGCAGAUAAAAAAAACAAAACUUUCACAUUAGCGAUAAUCAUAGAGAUGUUAGAGCUUCUCAGCUACAAUUGAGGGGAUAAUCAGAGCGGAUGAGAUGUAACUUUCUUUUCUUUGAGUGUUUAAUAAACUGAUUUAAGUGUGUGUGCGUGUGUGUGUGUGUGUGUGUGUAGCAGCAGGGGACAAAUAAUCCAACCCUGCCCCUUUAGUCUGCUGUAAUAAUUGAUCCACGUUUUAGUCCAAUUUGUUGUAUCUUCUGUCUGAGUAAAUAAAACAGGCGAAAGCCCACGCUGUUUUCUCUAAAAAAAGAAAA